AUGGUGGCUGUAAGUACUGGUAAAGUGAAACACUUGCUCAUGAACAACAACUAUCCGUCAUCUCUUCUCAGGAAGUGUGAGAAAAUUACUAAUGAUAGAAUUAAUAGUAAUUUGAGGAUUGAGGCUGGUUUGAGAGGGUGGUCGUUCUGUAAGUUUCCCUAUAUUAAAGGUUUGUCACCCAGGAUUGGAUGCUUGUUCAGGCAGACUAAUUGGAUUACUUUAAGAUAA